AUGUCCUCCUCUGUCGCGUGCGGCGUGGCUGGCGCUGAUGAUUAUCCCACGUUUUCAACAUUCUCGGAUAUACCCGUUGGCGGUGCCGAUUAUGUUCUGGAGUCCGCCUUGGCAGAGAAUGAGCAGGGAGGAGGACCUGUCAAUCACUUCAGGAACAAACGAGAGGCGCAUCUGGUCAGUCGCUCAAGUAUCGAGGGAUGGAAUAUUUUUCGGCACCUCUGGGGCACGCCUGUUGAUCGAGAGCGCCGCCGAGGUACCUGGGGAGGACCCCAACGCGAGGCAAAGGCUGGCCGGGGCCAGGGCGGACGAGAUAGUGGCGGAAGGUUGACCCAUGCUUCCACGGCACCGGUUCCCAGCAGCGGGAGCAUCCCACGGGACUCAUCCAGCCCGGGCACCAUCACCGGCUCCGGUAAGGAGAGUGACGAUGCAACCAGAACCAAACUUGUCGAUAAUGGAGAACCGAAGAGGGACCUUGACCCAUCUUUGGGACGCUUGCGCAACCGACGGCCCGAAGAUGAUGCCGCAAAAAGCGAACGCGGCUCUGACUCGGCUGAACGAACGGUGGACGAUGAUGGAAAGCCCAACAAGAAGGCCAAGACGGGUUUGAUCAACUGGCAUCUCAAGCCGAAGGAACCUUUUACUGUGGCGAAUCAACUGCAGCGCACCUUUUUGAGCUCUUGGAUAAACGUGCUCUUGCUCGCUGCUCCCGUCGGCAUUGCAUUGAAUUACGUCCACUCCGUUGAUCGCAUUGCUAUUUUCGUCAUCAACUUCUUGGCCAUCAUUCCACUGGCCGCUAUCCUCGGCUUUGCUACAGAAGAAGUGGCUCUGCGAACCGGCGAGACCCUUGGUGGUCUCAUCAAUGCUACUUUUGGAAAUGCCGUUGAACUCAUCGUUGCCAUCAUCGCACUCAAGGAUAAUCAGAUCGCCAUCGUCCAGACGUCUUUGAUCGGGUCCAUUCUUUCCAAUCUGCUUCUCGUGUUGGGGCUCUGCUUCUUUUUCGGUGGCCUGCGACGACCAGAGCAAUACUUCAACCCCGUUGUUGCCCAGACCUCUGCUUCUGUUCUGGCCCUUGCCGUGUCAUCUGUCAUCGUCCCAUCCGUAUUCAAUGUCGCGGCCUCGGCAAGUAUUACACAGGCAGAUAUUGCAAAGCUCUCCCGCGGAACCUCUGUGAUACUGCUCAUUGUCUAUACCGCCUACCUCAUCUUUCAACUCCACACACAUCACGAAGUCUUCAAUGAGCAGAGCCAAAAGGUUCCUGCGAAACCUUGGACGAACAGCGUCAGCAUCAAGCAAGGCCUAGCCAUGCCUAGCGCCCUCAUGAGUCAUGCGAUGCCUGACCAGGGCCAGAACGAGCGACUGUCCAAGAUGAUCAUGAACCCCGGGAGCUUGGACGAAGACGACGACCAAGAUGACGAUCCCCAACUGAGCUUGAUGGUUGCCCUUGGCACUCUUACCAUCUCAACGGUCGUUAUCGCGUUCUGUGCCGAGUCCAUGGUUGGCUCUAUCGACUCCAUCACCAAAAGUGGCGGCUUGACGCAAGAGUUUGUCGGCUUGAUCUUGCUUCCCAUUGUUGGCAAUGCCGCGGAGCACGUCACGGCUGUCACCGUCGCUAUAAAGGAUAAGAUGGACCUUGCUAUUGGCGUCGCCGUAGGCUCUAGCAUGCAGGUCUCGUUGUUCCUGAUUCCACUGCUUGUUAUUAUUGGCUGGGGAAUGGACAAACAGUACAUGGAUCUGAGCUUUGAUUCUUUCCAGGUCGCGGUCUUGUUUGUUGCCGUCUUGUUGGUCAACUACCUGAUCGGCGACGGCAAGAGUCAUUGGCUAGAGGGCUUUCUCCUCAUCUGCCUUUAUGGCAUUAUUGUCGUCUGCUCAUUCUGGUAUCCCAAUACUAGUCUCGAGCUGGCCAAUGGCAACACCACUACGCAUGCGUGA